AGCAGAUCCCAAGACUCUUUCUCCUGCUCAUCCAUACCGUCCGUCAAGUGAACAACUUGCUGUGGCCUCACACUUGAAGCUCACCUUACAUCUUCAUCCUGCUCAAUGCCCUUCCGUGGCGCUAAGCGCUCCCUGAACGCUCGCUUCAACAGCCUACAGGUACCACCCACAGACACUCGUGCAUUGCCAUCUCUAACGUACUCACAGGAUGAAGUAGGACUCUCGAAAGUCCAGCCAGCGAAGCAGGCGCAGCAGCAGACGUAUGACUAUCGUAAAGUCAGAUCGUGUGUCCCUGAUGAAUACAACACGGCAGGCAAGGGACUGGACUUGUCGCGCUUCAGACACCAUCCUACAGACGAUCAUGCUUCCCAGGGGCGCUCGCCGCUACAAGACCUUGGAGGAUACGACAAUCAACGAGGCAGCUAUGUUGACGACAAGGUGAACAAGAGUAUGGCAUACGAGAAGGCAGACGACUCAGAGUGUCCACCUCUAGACUAUAAUCAGCAAAGUCACUGGUUCUCAUCCUCCCAGCAUCCAUCAUACGCACCAGAUCAAGGGCACGUCAGUCGCGUAUCAAGUCCACCCGCAAUAACGAGUGAGCCUAUCUUGCCAUUCUCGCGUAAUCCAAAGCGUUUGCUAGAUCAACCAACCUCUUCGCCAGUCCUGCACAGACCUUUUGGAAGGCGUGCCAAUAGACCUGCGUUCACUGCUCCGAGACUACAGCUGCCAUCGCUGCUGCCGGUUGGAGAUGAGUUUUUGAAUGAGGAGACGUGGCUGUCUGACGCAGAUCUGCUUGAAGCCAUGGGUGAUGAUGGACCCAGUAAGCCUACUCCUCGUACAACCUCCUCAUCGCGAUUGGAAGAGCACACUCGAACGACUGCCAAAGCCGCAGCACCGCAAAAGAAGCAGCUCUACAUUGCUGAUGCUGAAGCUCAGUACAAACGUGCAUGUGAAGAUUCCACGUCACUUGUAAAAGCACAAGCUCCUGGUCGACGACGCAAACGCACCUUUGACCCAAGCGUCUUUGCUACAAAGAAAAGGUCACUCGAUAUCUCACACACCCCUAUCGAGUCUGAGGCACAGAAAGUGAUGUCUCGAGUGGAUAGAGACGUGAUUGAGCUCUCGAGUUCGGAUGUCCCUGAGGCGGCCAAAUCGAGCACACAGGUCGUACAGCAGCCGAAACGACAGCGUACAGACAAAAGCCUUGAAAAGCGUGUGCAGCAAGCAGAAAGAUGUGCGGAGAAGAAGAAUGCCUUCUUCUCCACGGACGGCGUGUUUGUGCCUUCGUGGGCGCAGUUGCCAAGUCCAGCAAAGAAAGCACCAGAGCAGGGUCUCAGCAGACUUGAAGCUGUGUUGCUGGAUGACUUGUCAGAGUCAGAAGAAGACCUGAUUUGA